AUGAAUACACGAGCCCGUGCGAGGAAAGCAGUCAGCAGUUCGGAGUCAAUCAGUGAUCACUCGGAAUACGAUUCCACAACCAACGAUAUGGAAGAUUUAGAAGAACAACAAGGUGCCCUUGGAAGUAAUCCAGCGGCCAUUUCCGCCGACCAAAUCGCAUUAUUGGUGUCCAGUAUUACAUCGCUUCGUGAGUGUGUGGAAGAGCUACGCAGUGACGCAUAUCGUAGUAGGCAUGGAGUCGGAGGCAGCUCUGCCAACGCUGCACAUACCGACCAUGUUCAGUCGCCAUUACACACGCCAGCGCAGGCGCAGCCGCCGACGUUGCAAGUACACACACAGCAGCAAGCACAAACACAACAGCCGUUUUCGUCAACGCAUUUGCCACCACGUAUAGUACAAACGCCAACCAUGAAUACCGCCGCCUUAACAUUUAUGGAUAAUUCUGCCGCCAAGCUCUUUCCAUUGCCAAAUUUCGAUGGCAAUCCGGAAGAUUGGCCAUUGUUCUUAGCCAAUUAUAAUGAUACCACUAACGAGUUCCAAUACAGCAACAGGCAAAAUCUGAUGCGUCUUCAUAAAUCCUUACAGGGUGCUGCGAAAAGAGCAGUAACGUCGCUAUUAAUCUACCCCGAAGAUGUACCUCGGGUUAUUCAAGAGUUGGAAUUUAAUUUCGGUCGCCCCGAAUUGCUAAUUAAAGCCCAACUGCAAAAGGUUCAGAAGUUUCCCUCGAUAAGUGAGAGUCAUUUAGACCAGAUUUUAGAUUUUUCUAACCGCGUUAGAAAUAUUGUCGCAUUUUUUAAAUCUGCAAGGUGUGCUCAUCACCUUAUGAAUCCUACAUUGCUUGAGUGUUUGGUUGGAAAGUUGCCUCCAUCGAAGCAAUAUGAAUGGAGUCAGCGGGCAGCAGGUAUAGUGCCUUUUCCUACGGUAGAAAAUUUUGCAGAAUGGCUUAGUGAAAUUGCAAAGUUCGUCUCAUUGUUGCCGGGGGUGUCAGACAUAUCACUCCGUUCUAUCCAAGCCAACGUCACACAGCCGAGAAGCGUUACGCGUCAGGCAAGUUCUAGUGCAAAUUCUGCACGUCAUUUCCUCUACAACAACGAAGUACAGCCUGAAAUAAAGGUUGUGUGUUUGAAAUGUGGACAAUCGCACAAAUUGGUUGACUGUCGUCAGUUUUUGUCGUGUGAUCUCAAAACGAAAUGGAGUUUUGUCAAACAUAAUCGACUAUGUUUUGGUUGCCUUCGGAAAGGCCAUAGUCUAGGCAAUUGCCGUCAACGUAAAGAGUGCACAGUGAAUAAUUGCCAGCGAAUGCAUCACGAGUUGUUGCACCAAAGUACAUCUCAGUCCUCUUCAGCAGCUAGCGAAGAAGCCGAGCGCGUUUUGAAUUGUUUAUCUGACAAGCAAUCAAGCCUUUUUAAAAUUUUUCCCAUAAAUUUAUCUGGUCCAAACGGAAACAUGUCUACGUAUGCAAUGUUUGACGAGGGGUCUUCAGUUACUCUUUUAGAAGAAAACGUCGCCGAAAAGUUGGGUCUUCGUGGUCAGAGCAUACCACUUACGUUGCAGUGGUAUGGCGAAAGCCAAGUUAAAGAAAAUUCGAGGAAAGUUUCUGUCGCUAUUAAGGGUAGUACUGCUGAGUUCUAUCUGAAAAAUGUACACACCGUCAAGUCGCUGAAUUUGCCAAGCCAAUCCUUUGAUAAACACCAGUUUUCACAUUUGCAGUCAUUGCCAAUAGAAAGCUAUACAAAUGCUAAGCCAUCAGUGUUAUUAGGUCUCGACAACAGUUACCUUGGAAUCGCCAACAGGACGGUCGAUGCAGGGCCGAACAAGCCAAUAGCUAUAGCUACACAAUUGGGGUGGGUGGUGUACGGACCACUCAAUCAGAGUCAAGCUAUGCAACCGCGCGUGUUGCAUGUUCGUGAGUCGCAGUCGCUUCAAGAGUUACAUAAAUUAGUGCAAGAGCAUUACUCAAUAGAAAGCUUUGGGGUACGUAGCACAAACGUCGUGCUGGAGUCAGAUGACGACCGCCGAGCCAGGACCAUUUUACAAGACACUAUAAAAGAAAUAGGUGAAAAAUACGAAGUGGGUUUGUUAUGGCGCAGUGAUGCAUUGACCCUUCCACCAAGUUACGAUAUGGCUUAUCACCGUUUAAAGAAUCUUGAGACACGAAUGCUCAAGGAUGUCAGUUUUGCCACUAAUUAUAGACACGAGAUCGAGAAAUACAUCAGUAAGGGUUAUGCCCGGUUGUUGUCACCGGAUGAAGCAUUGAAGUCAAGCCCUACUACCUGGUAUUUGCCACAUUUUGGGGUGGUCAAUCCUCACAAACCCAACAAGCUGCGAAUAGUUUUCGACGCCGCAGCCGCCACAUCCAAUUUAUCUCUAAAUUCGGUUUUAUUAAAGGGUCCUGUCCAUGCGCAGUCACUUAUCGCCAUUGUACACAAAUUCCGCCAGGGUGUUGUGGCAGUCGCAGCUGACAUCCAAGAGAUGUUUUCACAAGUAAAAAUAAGAUAUGACGAUCAAAAUUCACAACGCUUUCUGUGGCGUGACGGAGAUCCGACUAAGCCGAUUCAAACUUAUAUCAUGACUUCGAUGAUUUUCGGAGCAAUUUGUUCGCCAUGCUGUGCGGAGUAUAUUAAAAAUGUCAACGCUACCAAGUUUGAGUCUACCAUGCCACGAGGAGCUUCAGCCGUAAUCAACAAUAUGUAUGUCGACGAUUUGGUAAUUAGCUUUAACGAUUCAACUGAAGCUGAGCAAGUCGUAAAAGAAGCCAUCGCCAUAAAUUUAGCUGCAGGUUUCAAAUUAAGAAACUUUUUGUCGAACGACAAAUCACUUCAAGCCAUGUUAGGUGGCGAAGAAGAAACGACGAUGACGGCCGUGAAUAUGGAGCAUAAUCCUACAGUGGAUAAGGUCUUGGGUAUGUUUUGGAACACACUCAAUGAUUCCUUUGAAUUUCACAUCAAGUUUCACAAAAUUGCUCGAGAUGUUUUGAGCUGUAAACGUCCGCCAACGAAGCGUGAACUUUUGGGUAUCAUAAUGGCGAUUUACGACCCAUUUGGAUUUCUAGCCAAUGUCACAAUUUAUAUGAAGCUCUUACUGCAAUCACUCUGGAGACGUCAAACGGAGUGGGACGAGCCAUUGCCACAACAACUUAACCUCAGGUGGACUUCGUGGUGGGAAAGUUUCCAGAAUGUGUCAUUAUUUUCCGUGCCAAGGUGUUACUCCACGUUACUGAUGUCAGCUAAUGAGACCCAGUUACAUGUUUUCGUCGACGCCAGCUCCAGUGCAUAUGCAGCUGUUGCCUAUUUGCGCAUAUGCAAGGGUAGUGCCGUCGAUGUUGUGUUUGUCGCUGCUAAGGCACGAUGCGCCCCGUUGAAAGGUAUGACGGUGCCUCGUUUGGAGCUGCAGGCAGCUAUCUUAGGAUGUCGCUUGUCCAAAUCUAUACAAGAAUGCCAUGAUUUCAUUAUUGAUCGAGUCGUCUUUUGGAGCGACUCAAAGACAGUCCUGUUGUGGAUUAGAUCCACCACGCGGGAGUACAAGCAAUUUGUCGCCAGCAGGAUUUCAGAGAUCAUCGCUUCAACCGAACCGUCUCAGUGGAGGUGGUUACCAACGUCACUGAAUGUGGCUGAUGAUGCCACGCGAGGUAAACCCGUGUCAGAGUUCGAGCCGAAUUGUAGGUGGUUAAAGGGUCCAGAUUUUUUGCAACUCGAGGAAGGAGAAUGGCCGCCAGAACCAGUUGAUUUUAAGUCCAGUGAAUGCGCCGCUGAAGAGAAAAAGAACGUCAUACUGCUCGUGUUGCCAAAAGAUGAGUAUAUCUUGAAUUUAAAUAACUUUUCAUCUUAUCUGAAGGUACUCAGAGUUAUGGGCUGGGUACUGAGAUUUACGUACAAUGCCAAAAAUCUACACCGUCGUAUAGGGGAAUUGAAACCCUUCGAAGUUACUGAAGCAGAAAAGGUCAUAUGCCGCCGCGUCCAGAAUGAAGAAUUCGCCCCCGAAUUUCUCCAACUGCAAUCAAAACAUACCGUUGCUAAGUCCAGUCACAUAUAUGCGUUAACUCCGUUUCUAGACGACGAUGGGUUAAUAAAGGUCAACGGCCGAAUUGAUGCAGCGUUUUGUCUCCCUAUGUCAGCUCGUCGUCCAGUAAUACUGCCGCAACAUCACUAUUUCACUCGUUUAGUUAUCACAUAUUGGCAUAUAAGGUUACACCAUCAAAACGACGGUUUGACCAUAAAUGAAGUUCGCCAAAAGUACUGGGUGCCACAUAUCCGUUCGGUAUUGAUGUCCGUAAAAAGAUAUUGUCCAACAUGCAAAGCUAACGCCGCCAAACCUGAUACGCCAAUGAUGGGUCAGUUGCCAGCAGAUCGCUUGACGCCAUAUGUUCGCCCGUUUAGUUACACAGGAGUCGACUAUUGCGGUCCGUUCCAGAUAACCAUUGGUCGACGUCGUGAAAAGCGCUGGGUCGCUUUGUUCACCUGCCUCACCGUGCGAGCUAUACAUCUGGAGGUGGCAGAAGAUUUGUCUACAGAUUCGUUUCUGAUUUGUCUACGAAACUUU